UCAAAAUGGCCGAAUAAAUGGCGUCUGCAAGCGACGCUAUGUUUAGACGAUUUUCAACGGAAUUUACAGAUUAAAUUCAAUAAUUUGUACAUAAGGAGAAAGAACAUUUAGCUAAACACUACAUUUAUUUAAUAUUAUCAGCAUCAUGGCUACACCAAACAGCUACAAACAAAACACAUCAAUGUCCAUGCCGAGCCCGCAGAGCAAUCCGCACUACAUGAUUGCGGGCCCCCCAAUGAGUUUCGGUACGAUGAGAGGCGGUAUGAAUGCACCGCCCCACCAUAACCAAUACCAGUACCACCCCCAAUACCAGGGCGGGCCGGGCAUGGGCCCGCCGGGUGGGUACGGCUGGCAACAACAGCGUUUCGGUGCAGAGAGCGCGCGGCGCACGGCGGGGGCUGCCACGCAAGCCAAUAAGGAUGACAAGACGAGCCCCUUCGUCUCCACAUUACACUCGCACCCUGGAUUCCAACCGCAGAAGAUCGGGAAGGGCGCUGGUGGGGGUGCCGGCCUGCCCAAGCCCCCGAAGCCUCCAGAAAAGCCCCUGAUGCCAUACAUGAGGUACUCGCGCCGAGUGUGGGACACCGUGAAAGCCGCGAACCCUGACCUCAAGUUGUGGGAGAUCGGUCGCAUCAUAGGGGGAAUGUGGAGGGAUCUACCUCAAACUGAAAAGUACGCCUUUGUCGACGAAUACGAGGCCGAGAAGUCGGAGUACGAAAAGAGUCUGAAGACGUACCACAACUCUCCGGCGUACCUCGCGUACAUCGCCGCGAAGAACAAGGCCGUUGUUGGUAAUUUAGAAGAAGAGAGCUCAAGCAAGAAGGGUGCUUCACAGAAGGAUCAACAGCAGCAAGAUAGAAGAAUUGACAUACAGCCUGCUGAAGAUGAAGAAGAUCAGGACGAGGGCCUAUCAGUGAAGCACGUGGCCUACGCGCGAUACCUACGGAACCACCGCCUCAUCAACGAGAUAUUCUCCGACACAGUGGUUCCCGACGUCCGCUCCGUUGUGACCACUGCUCGGAUGCAGAUUUUGAAAAAACAAGUACAGUCACUGACAAUGCAUCAGAAAAAACUAGAAGACGAGUUGCAGCAGAUCGAAGAGAAGUUCGAAGCGAAAAAGCGCAAGUUCAUCGAGAGUAGCGAAGCGUUCCAGGAGGAGUUGAAGAAGCACUGCAAACCAGCAGUAGACGACGACACAUUCAGUCGCAUGGUGGAGCGAGCGUUGGAGCAGCUGCGACGUGGCGUCAACCCCACCGCUGUGCAGCAACCGCAGAACAGACCACACGAGCCAAUGGACCAAGACCAGAACGCUAUCAAGUCAACGGAGUCGGGGCCCAACGCGCCCACACAAGUGGACAAAGUGUCCACCACGGAAGUGAAACCUGACAGCAAUGUCACCACCGAGCUGAACAAGCCUGACACAGACACCAAGGAGCCUGCUCCGGAAGCCAUUGCACAGGAAAACGAAGGCCCCCCUGAGCGCAAGGAAGACAAGCCGGUGGAAAUGAAGGUAGAGGCCAAAGAGGCGCCGCCACCCGUCGCCGCCGCGCCGCCGCCGCCGCAGCCACAGAUCACGUCGCCGCCACAUCCACCAAUGAUGAUGCCUCCGAACCCCAACGCACCGGCGCACCCCGCGCCACCGCACGGAGGCCCGCCGCCGCCAGGAGGCUACGGGGCGGCGCCCUACGGCCGCUACUACCCCGGCUACGCGGGCGGAUUCCCCGCCUACCCGCACUACUACCCGCCUGAGCACUAUAACCAGCCACACCAUGAGUUCAAGCAAGAGGAACCACCAGCUAAGAAGGAGUCGGAAUGAUUGUCACCCAAGCGCGUCGUCAAGCGCCGCAGGAAGUCAGCCUCUAAGGACGCGCAGUGAA